UUUUAGAUGAUUAGUUUGUCUCAAACUCACCGUGCCAUCAUUGAACUGUUGGAGUUGAUGCGAUGUGAUAAUUGCGCCUCCACUCUCCACCAGCCAUUCACGACUGGAGUAUGUGAACAUCUGCUAUGUUCUUCAUGUAUUCCAAGCCGAGGUAAUGUAAAGGCUGCAAGUUGCUGUCCAGUUUGCUCAAUUCCCGUACAUGCACGCGAUUUCCAAGUCCAUCCACAGUUUACAUCACUCGUAUUGGUUGCACGUCGACUAAAGAAAUUAACGAUGAAUACUUCUCAAGAGAAAAUAAAAGAUUCUCAGAAUUCCGUAAUUGGUAUGUCCUGAUAACUUGUAGGGUCGAUUUUGCUUACACAAAACUAAGAUCAGUUAUCACUGAAGUAGUUUAGUCUAAAUAUAUUGUAAAGGUCUCAUGUCACAAAUUUACUGCUUAGAACUUUUCAAAUGGUUAAUAUUGAAGUAGCUUUAAAAUCCUAUUUCUUAUUUGAUAUUACAUUAGUUUUGUACUACAUCAACACCUCAGUAUGGUAAGGCACCUAAAAUUCAAUUCUAUAAGUUACAGUACUGUGCACUGAAUCUUUUCUCAUUCAUCUUAAAGUGGUUUUUUGUACGCCAUAUACUAGAUAUAUUCACUUAGUGAGUUAGGGAUCAAAAAUAUUCCACUCAGCCUCCUUUAUGGAUAUUUUAACUACGUAGCCAGGUUUUUUAAAUGGGAAAUCCCGUUCUGCCUAGAAAAGAGUUGUAAUGUAGAGCGUCGAAAUUAAUUUUAUUAUUAACAUUACCAAACUUCAUGUUAUUAGGGAACUGAACGCUUUCGUAUGUGUUCGCGCCAUUACGAUGGGAUGUAGCAAUAAAUGGGCCACACCACGUAGAAGAAAGAUGUACAACGAAAAUGUUAUCAAAAUAUUUAAGGAAAAAUUGCAAAUGUGGGCGAAACGAACAAAAGAUUCCACUUAUUUCAGUAUUACAGCUGCAUCACGAUCAUCAUCGGUUUUGAUUUUAAAUCUGGAAUCUUAAAAGAUCAAAUUAAUUUGUUAAUAUCGCCUCUGUAAUAACAUCUAUAGAGUAAAAAUGGGCUGGACGUCAGUUCGAUACAACUGUCCUUCACAUCACUGCUUUUUGACUAGUAUUAAGAUCUUCAAACAGUGCUCUGUAUGGAAGUCGUAAUGCUGUAUAUAAAAUAUUUCUAAAUCACUCAGACCGGGGUUUUAAGAUGACUGUUUUGAUUGAAAGGUAGUCCAUAUUACUAAAACCCGGAAUUGCUCACAUGACGUUGUUAGAGGGUACAAGCAAUACUGUCAAAUAGAACUAUUAAGUAUACAAUGCUCAUAAAAGCCAUUUUAUACAAACGUUGGACUGAUUUACUUGGACCGUGGGCGUUUUAUAUCUGGCCUUUUGUAGCCAACAGAAACGUCAAGCUUACUGACCAUGAUAAAUAUUAAAAGUUAAGUGAAGAAUAAUUCAUGCCAUAUGAAAAUAAAACAGUAGGUAGGAAGUAAACGGUGUAAUAGUAUAAUCAGAUUUUGAGUGCUUAUCAAAUUAUUUUUGUUGUGACUUUAAACCUGGAUCGCUUUUUACCCCGUGCCAAUUGUUGUGUCCUUGACUGCAGAUUAGAGUGAAGUGCUUUAUCGAUCGAUUCAGUGACACGUAAACCAUGUACGGAUGGCCUAAAGUCUCAAUUAGUCCCGCUUCCCUGUCUAGCCCAGCCAGUUGAGUCCAGAACACAAGUCUCAGCCUCUGAGUUAUGAAUCAUUAUAUUUCAGACAUACUCUAUUUAUAUACCAAUCAAUUAGACCACAUCGUACCAUAAAAUAGAAAACAACAUUUGUACAAUAUUUGACAAGUGGAAUAAAUAUUGACCAAUAGGAACUGUCCAUUUAAAGUCCAAGGACACCAUUAGACUUAACAUGAUAAUUAUUGGUAUAUUCCUCUGCAUCCCUAACAAUUUUUAAUCCCUCGUUUUUGGGUCCCAAUAAUUUGUAUCAAUGUAGUAGUACCCAUCCGGUUUAUUGGCCAAAGUACCUAGUCUAUGCAGAUCACCCGCAAGCUUUGGAUCGGAGGAUCUAGUUAAAAAAAUAGUAAUGUGAAGAAAUGAACUGCAAUGAGACGUAGCGAUCGGAACAGAUCUAGAUACUAUUCAGUUCUUCAAGUUCCUAAAGCCUAUUUCAACUCCAUCAUGUUAACCCUCUUAUCUGCUUAUUUUGUCCAAACGCUAUGGCUUAGCUUUUAUCCUCUAAAUCCUAUAGUAACUAUUUUCUAGAAGUACCUGUAAACAUGCGGGGACUUAAGGAGAACAGAUCGACUUUUCACUUUAUCUGUGCGUGAAUAUUUAUAGUCAACUGGUAUCUGUAACCUAGAAAAACCUAUUGUUCAAAGAUCGAAUAGUGUUGCAGCCAAAUAUAUAUUGCUUUUGAAAUGUUCCAGUGUAGUAUUGUGUUUGCUUUUAUUUCUCACCAGUUUUUUCAUAACUAGCGGUUUAUGACUUAAUAGGAAAGCAUACGUUUUAAAUACACUCAAAUUUGACUCUAAAUCACUUUCAUGAGUGGAAAGUCACUGUACAAACAUCGGUUCAUUCUUCGUAUUUGUUUAGCCUAAAAAAUGUAGCGAUCGUUUUCUUCAUCUUUGUUACAGAAAAUAAUAUUCCUGAUGCAACUAAAAAUGAGAUUAUGUUACCACAAGUGGUAAUUAAGAAGGCCUAUUCUUCAAGACAACAAUUAUCUGAAGAUAAAGAUUCAAAGCGGUAAGAUUUUAUUUCUAUAGUCUUUAGAAAUGAGUAUGUGGUACCGAGUUAACAGCACAUAUGUUUUUGUCAACCUUCUUGAUACAAAAGAAACUAAAGGUUUCAUGCUCAUUUUGUUUUCUCAACUAUUAAAAAAAUUGACCUAUUGACUGAUUUUGGCACCAUAAUAAAUUGAAAUCAAGAUAUGGUUAGCAAUAAAUAUCGUUCAGUCUUUUUCCAAAGUAAAAUAGGUACCUUGAUAGUCGAUUUCGAGUUUGGGCUAAUGCAUGGACAUAGUCAAAAUUUAUUUACUACUCAAUCGACAGUUUAAAAAUGGUUACAUGGUCGAAAGUAUUAAAAACAGAAAAUAGUGUUAUCUAAAUUAGACGUUUCUCGCAGCUAUCUCAAGGUUAUCAUCCACUUCAUCCAUACCAGUUCGAACUUAAAACUUCAAUUUCUCUUACAGAGUUAUCUGAAGCUCACGAUGAAAAUCCUUCUAAUAUGUCCAAAAGGAACUGACCUUGGUAUCUUUCACUCAGUAAAUCAUUUGUGGCAUUACCGAGAUUCAUGUGUGUUUAUUAUAUUGAGCUCGAUUGAAGAUGAUAUAUAAGAAGACUGUAAAUGCUUAACUGUACAUACCUCAAAGUAUUACUAACGUAUGUAUAUUGCAAAUGUUAAGUAAAUACUGAAAAAUCAAGUUUUGUGUUUUAGACAAGGAAUGCAAAUUGAUUUGUGAGGUUCUAGAGUUCAUUAGAUCUUUUCUCCACAUCGUUUUUUUCAAGAUUAGUUUACUUCACAUCAUAAAAAUAUAUGAUUUUCUCACAUUAGAUCAAACCCUCAACUUAGUUUGCUAUCAUAUCUCACUGAAUUAGAACUACUGAAUAUGUUUACUGCCUUCAUCCUGCUGUCAAAGUACAUAGUUCAGACAUUGUAACUUACAGAUACCUCACCUGAGAGUUACUUUGAUUUAUUGGUUGGCUUUUCCUAUUGUAGAAACUAAAUGUACCCAUUGACUAAAACACUUUUUACCUUAAGGUCCCAUUACACAUAAAAUCUUUACUAUGAUAAGAAUUGAUUUGCCUUGUGAACCACCUGAAUAGGUUUUUUCUUAGUUUUAUUCUUAUCCAUCUCAUUAAAUAAUUUUUAUGUUCAUUUUACUUACAUUUAGUCCAAUCGGUGUAAGUUAUAAACGUGGGCAUUCCUUGGUUAAUAGUGAUACAAAUAUAUCUACUGCUGAUACAUUUGUAUCCAAUGUUUGUUCAACUGGUAAUGAUUCAUGCAUUAAUUUCAAACCUCAUUAUCCUUCAAAACAUGAUGUCAAAGCCAAUAAGAAGCAACGAUUAAAUAAAGUGACUAAAUUACCUGCUUAUUCAAGCUCUGAUAUUCAUCAAACAUUAUCAGUAAAUUCUGUCAACGGAAAUGAAUCAUGUGUUUCUCUUGAUAAACCAAUUGAAUCACUUUCUGUAGAAGCUGUUGUUGUACAUGACACUAGAAAUGCUCGGAAUAAAAUUGUAUCAAAAGUUUGUAAAGAUAAGAUAGAACCUAAACAAACGAUGCCUAGCAAAAUAGAUGUUCCAGUUCCAUUCGCUUCUCCUGAACCUUCUCGUUUAACAGAUCAGUCCACUUUAUCUCCGUCUGAUCCGAUUUCAUUUAAAACUUCUGUCUUCCUUACACCUGUCGAUCUACCAAUAAAUAACGAGAAUAAAGCAGCAAAUUCAAAAAAUUCAAGUAUCUCAAAGAAGAAUUCUAAGAAGAUCCAAAAUAAUGUUAAGAAAGUUGUUCCUGUUCAGGAUCGUAAGUCAUCUGGAUUUCUCAAUUUACUACACAAACUAAGACCAAAUAGCAAAGGUGAAAGCCAGCUACAUAGGGCAGCAAUUCGUGGUGAUACUAGUCAAAUAGAAGAGUUACUUUCCGCUGGGUUAUCACCGAAUAUUCGAGACCAUGCUGGUUGGACACCAUUGCAUGAAGCUGCGUUACGUGGACACUGUGAAGUCGCUAAAGCUUUGAUCAAAGCUGGAGCUACCGUAGAUAUUCCUGGUGGUCCGGAUUUAGAGACUCCUUUGCACGAAGCUAUACAGAAUGGACAAGUCGACUUCUGUCAACUGUUGCUUGACCAUGGUGCUAAUCCUAUGUUUCCAAAUAAUAAUGGGAUAAUUCCAAUACAACUAGUGGAUAGCAGUAUAUGCCAAUUAAAAGAACUGCACAAUUCAGAUUCUAAAUCAUCAAAGUAUAAUUCCCUUCUCAAUGCAUUAUCUGACAUAAGAAAUAUGUUAAAUAAAGCAUCAUUAUCUACCACUGUAUCAGAUAAAGAUUGUCUGACUAACAAUAAAACUUUAAGUAUUUUAUCUGUCUCUUCUGCAACCACUUUCAUUGAAAGACGACGUCUUCGACCUAUUCUUCUGGGUACUGGUCUAACAAGAACUCAACAAUCAUUGUUCAGUCGUGUUGCCACUAUGAUACAUGCACGUGUGUUCUCAUCAAUCUCACCUGAAGUUACGCAUGUCGUGACUGGUGCACUUCAAGAAUUAUCCAGCGAUGUAGUCGAUGAAGAAUCAGUUAAUAAAACAAAAAAGAAAAAUAAAUCUAAAAGAAAUUCCCGUUCCCUCAAAAAUGAUAAUGAAUUGCUCAGUUCCAAUGGCCAAGCUACUUGCCCACGUACUUUGAAAUUUCUAAGCGCUGUUUUACAGGGAUGUUGGAUCUUGUCAUUUGAUUGGAUCGAAACUUGUGCUCAUAUCAAGAUGCGUGUAGAAGAAGAAGGCUUUGAAGUAACUGGGUGUAGUACUGCCCCUAUGUCCGGUGCACCUCGUCGAGCACGUCUCGCUCGUGAAGCUGGCUCUUUGGGGUUAUUUCAUGGUUUAAACAUUUGUUUCCUAGGGAACUUCGUAUAUCCUGUACCAUCCAGGGAUGAGCUUACUCGAUUAGCGCGAUCUGGUGGAGCAAGUGUAGUAUUCAGUCGUGAUGUUUGCUCUCCGAUUCGGCUCGCAAGAUAUGCUAUUGAGUCUGCAAAUAAUUCAUCUAUUUGGGAUUUAAAUACCGUAGAGGGGAAUCAAGAGUUUGAUCAAGAGACUAAUGACAAUAUUUCGUUUAUAGAUGAAAUCACAAUGAUUGAUUCGAAUAAUCCUUCCUCCUUGCUUGUUUUAUAUGAUCCGGGUGUUUUGAGUAAACCUAAAAAUGAAUCAUGUAACAAAUCUAUAUAUGCUGUAGAAACCGUUAGUAAAGCGCUUAAUUUAAUCAAACCGAAAAAAUCUACAAAUACACUAAAUUCAUUGGCAGAUGACUUACCACCACCUCUUCAAUCGAUACCAUGUACUUGGCUUUUAGACUGUGCUGCAGAAUAUCGUCUACUUCCUUUUCCCAACUGCUGAUUGAUUGUUUGUAAAUAUUUUACACAUCUAUCAAAUUUAUAACCUUAUUUAUUAUCUAAACUGAUAUAUAUAUAUAACGAUUAUUUUAAUUUGCUUCAGUCAAUUUCAAUAUAAUUUUUGAGAUCUUUA